CCCCCAAAAGCUACCAUUGCCUUCUCAACCUCCCCAAAAAUUCAAACCCAAAAGCCAAACUUAAACUCAACUCUCUCUCUUCAUAUGUAUAUACCUCAAUAUAUGGCUACAUUCAAACCCUGUUCAUGGGAUUUAACUAAAAAAACACAUUAGACCAAACCCAUCUCUCUCUCCCUCUCAAAAUUGUAAAUUGACAUGGCUCUUGUUAAUAAACUUCCUUCAAUCUCUUCUUCUUCACCUCAAUUCAGAAAACCCAGUUCCUUCAAUUUGAACCCAGUUUGUUCCAUACACUACACCUCCUCUUCUUCCUCACCCUUCACAGAAAAUCACUCCAUUGAGCGCUACCAAAGAGACAACUGGCUGUACAAGAACCAAUUGGACCAACCCAUUUCCUGCCCUGUCCCACCUGAUCCGGACUCAAUCCGGGACUACGACAUAGCUCUGCAGCUUCCCGAGCUGAAGAGGCUGCUUGAGGUGUUGAGAGAGAAGAGAGAGAGUGGUGGGUUUGGAGGAGAGAGAGGGAGAGGACCCGGGAACGUGUUCUUGGUGGGUACAGGACCCGGUGACCCGGAACUGUUGACUGUGAAGGCUGUGAGAGUGAUUCAGAGCGCUCAUCUUUUGUUGUAUGAUCGAUUGGUGUCCAAUGAGGUGUUGAAUUUGGUGGGUGAUGAUGCUAGGCUUCUCUACGUUGGCAAGACUGCUGGGUACCAUAGCCGAACCCAGGAGGAGAUUCAUGAGUUGCUUUUGAGUUUUGCGGAAGCUGGGGCUACUGUUGUAAGACUUAAAGGAGGUGAUCCUCUGGUGUUUGGAAGGGGUGGGGAGGAGAUGGAUUUUCUGCAGCAACAAGGGAUUCAAGUGCAAGUCAUUCCAGAAAAAUCUUACCUGUUGCUUCCUCACAAGCGGGAAUCUCCUGAUGUAAUUGAAGCGAGUAUUACUGCUGCCUCAGGAAUAGCAGCAGAGCUGGGCAUUCCAUUAACUCACCGGGGUGUUGCAAAUAGUGUUAGAUUUCUUACUGGCCACUCUAGGAAAGGAGGAACAGACCCCUUGUUUGUAGCAGAAAAUGCAGCUGACCCUGAUUCAACCUUGGUUGUUUAUAUGGGUUUGUCAACUCUUCCUUCACUUGCCUUCAAAUUGAUGCAUCAUGGUUUGCCACCCAAUACACCAGCCGCUGCAGUUGAGCGAGGGACUACACCACAACAACGUGUGGUUUUUGCUGAACUAAAGGAUCUUGCUGACGAAAUUACAUCAGCCCAAUUAAUAUCGCCUACACUCAUCAUUGUUGGGAAAGUUGUUGAACUUUCACCAUUCUGGCCCUAUUCUUCUAAAGAGGCUUCCUUCUUGGUAGAGGCUAGAUAACAUAUUUGAGGCAUGGGAAUGAUAACUUUUUUGUUUUUGUUUUUUUUUCUUUCCGUUAUUGCUGCCUUCAAGCUUCCUUCUGGUAUUUGAAUCUGAGUGCUCGUGGAUUGGUGUGCAUCUGGGUCAGAUAUCAUAUCUCUCAAUGUUUUAGAUUGAGAAUGUGAAGAAUUAAUCUACAAAGAGAAUUGAAAUUUUUGAUGCUUCGCUUAGUCUCAUGGCAGAUUGCAAGCUUCUGUUUUUAUUUCCUUUUUAGAUUUGUACUAUCCAAAUGGGUAGGAUAAACUUUUUCUGAUAAGUCAUUAGAUUGAGCCUCACUUUGUAAUGUGGAUAGCAUUCGAAUUUUGCCAAUUUCUUCCAGUAAUUUUUUUGUUAUUUUUAAGCUUCUCAGAUGGGAUGUUUAUGCACUACUAAAGAAUUACGCCCA